GUUAUGACGUUAAGGUCAGCGGCUGUCCGGCUGUGGUAAUGAACCGCCGCUGGAGAUGGAGGAGAGAGAGUCGUUGCAGAGGCAGAUCCAGCUCCUCUCCGCUCUUAUAACUAAUCAUAAGAAUGUCCAUGGCGAUGUGCCUGCAGGUACUGAAGCUAAUAAUCCACACAUGCAAGGACAAUGGACUAGUAACAAUCAUAAAAACACAUCUGUCAGUUUGAAGAACAUUCCAGCACAUCAGGGGUCAGAACCUAGCAGCUCAUGGCGGACAAAGUACUCACUGGUCAAUAAGAAACUCAUCAACACAUGUGGUGAGGCACCUGCUAAUGAAUCUCGAAGUGAGAUAAUGCCUGCUAAUAGACAUAAGUUAAACACUGUUGGCAAAUAUGUAUUGGCAGCAAAUGGAUCAGAAGGAGGCAGCUUAAGGGGCAAGUCCUCCAGAUUAGUUCAAACAAAUCCAAAAGCACAGUCUUUACUGGCUCUCAAUUCUGAGCUGGAAUUGAAACACAAUAAGCUAUUAGCACUAAAGGAAAAGUUGCACAAAGUGAAAAUGGCAAGGACGAAGGACAGAACAGGUGCCGUUACAUCUCUCUCUGCAGAAAGGCCUACGCUGAAACCUAUGCGGAAGCAGGAGGAAGAAGGACAAGUGUGUAAAACACCAGAACAAAUUAGUGUUGAAGUAACAGGCAAAACUGAAGUUAGAAUUCCUGUCAGCUGUCAAAGAGCAAAGCAUGGAUUGACAAAAAUUCAACAUGUUGGGCCAAGUUACUGCGGUAGUUCAGGUCCAGAGGCAGCAAUAUGCAUGCUUCCAAAAGCUUCUGUAAAGAGUAAAACUCAUUGCAUGGAUGGUGAUACUGGUGGGGGAUUUGUGGGUGAAUUCCAGCGAGUUGUUGAGUCAAGCGAUAAUGCCCACGCCGGUCCUGAACCAUCAACAGGCAAGUCACCGAAAACAUCCCUAAUGCAUAAAAUUGCUGAGUUGGACAAAUGUGCCAAGAAUUAUUGUAUAACCUUUGGAAAACAGAAUAUUUUGAAUUCUGUAGAUCAAAUGCCAUGCAAUUCUUCUCCAGUUAAAAAAUCUAAAUACACAUGGCAAAAAACCAAUAUUGGUACAGAUUCUGGAUGUCAGAAUGAGACUUUGACGACAGUGAGGAAGUCAGUUUCAGUUAGUGUUUCCCAGGUUCAAACACAUGUCAUCGAAGGAUCUUUGAAAUCAAAAGCUCUACUUACACACAAAGUACCGAAGAAGCAAAGGAAUAACACUCCUGUUUGCAGCAGAGUGUGCAAGGGAAGAAAAGCAAAGUAUGUCUGGGUUUCAAACACUGCCAGAUCAAACCAAGCUUCUAACCAAAUGACACUGAAGUCUAUCUCACCAAAGUUAAUUAAAAGUGCCACUCGGUGUGUUGCCAUGGGAGAUGAUGGUGCAGCACCCAAUCCAAGCUUGGAGCUCAGAUGUUCAGGAAAGCUGAAAAAGGCAGGGUGCUCUCACAAGAGAGGAGCAUUGUCAAACAAGUACAACUGGAAAGCAGUGGAGACUGUUUCUCCUUCAAAGUCUCCCUAUCAGUGGGAGUCACAGCACUCAUACCAGGCAGAGCCCGCAGUACAUCGGAUACAACCUGUGGCGCCAAACAAGGCUGAGUCUGGUGCUGACAUUCCCAAAAAGACAUUGUGUGGGCCUGGGUCUUCUCAUUACAAAGUGAAGAGCAAAACUAAAAUUAUCAGAAGAAGUGGAAGUUUGAGCUCACCGACUGAGAAGAGGAUCAGCUUUACCGGACUGCCAAUGGUAAAAAAUCGGUACUUGCUCACCAAGAAGAGCCCUGUGUGUGGAAAGUCCUCCCAAACUCUGAAAAGGACACCUGGGAAAGGAUUUGUGCAAAUCAGUAAACAUAGGCUGAGGAGGCUGCCGUUAUCAGGACUGCAUGGAACUACAAAACAAGGUCCUACUUCCUCAUCUUUGGUGAGGAGCCUUUCAAAUAACCAGUUGAUCAAUACAAGGUAUAAAAUAGUGAAGAAGAACGCAGGCUGGAAUAGUGCAUCACCAGGAGUCCCUUGCAGCAUCCCCUGGAAAACCAAGAAGGUCAACAGCUCCAUUUCUGGUUCAAGGUCACCGCUCCUGAACCGAACACGACUGAACAGCAAUUAUAGGCUCCUUCAGCAGAGAUGGAAAAUGAAAGGCAUGCGCUGCAUUGGGGGAGUGCUGUACAGUGUGUCUGCCAACAAGCUUUCAAAAAGCUGUGCCAUCCCUAUCAGAAGUGGAGUCACAAGUGCAAAAAGUGCUGUAAAGUCAGCCAGGUUGGAAGGUGAUUUCGAUAGCAGUGGCAUCUACGUACCCAGCAGUCUGACCAAGGCAGUAGCUCAUCGGCACAUUGCAAGUCGUGCUGUGCAGCGUAGCCUGGCUAUAAUCAGACUGGCCAAGCAGAAGAAAUCUAAGAAGAAAGAGUACUGCAUGUACUACAACAGAUUUGGAAAGUGUAAUCGAGGGGACGAUUGUCCCUAUAUACAUGACCCUGAAAAGGUGGCAGUCUGUACAAGAUUCCUACGUGGAACGUGCAAAAAAACUGAUGGGACGUGUCCUUUUUCACACAAAGUUUCAAAAGAUAAGAUGCCAGUUUGCUCUUAUUACCUCCGAGGGAUCUGCAGUAAUAACACCUGCCCUUACAGCCAUGUGUAUGUGUCUAGGAAGGCUGAAGUUUGCCGAGAUUUCCUGAAAGGAUACUGCCCAUUGGGAGCAAAGUGCAAGAAGAAGCACACACUUGUUUGUCCCGAAUUUUCCAAGACUGGGAGCUGUGCACAGGGUUCCAAGUGCAAGUUGCAACACCUACAGCGGAAAGGUAACAAGCGAAAACACGCUUCUGAUACAAGUCAGGAUGGAGUGGAAGAGGAGGGCGAAGCUUUAAAGCAAGUUAAACUCAUGGAUGACAACAAAAGAGGAAUGGAGAAGACUGUGACGCAAGUGUCCUCAGAGACAGAAGCUAACUUUUCUAUCAACACUGAAGAAUUGAAGAACAAUAGCAGUAACCAGCGUUGGUUGCCAGCAUUCAUUGCUCUUCAUUCAUCCACAUCCUCUGAAGAGAAAGCAGAUUCUGAAGUAGAAGUAGUAAGAGCAGGUGAAACACAGGGGAAACCAAUUCAGAUCAAACCCAGAUUUUGAUUGACUUCUGCUGAUGUUCCAUCACAAAACCAUAUCAACAUUAACCAAGUAGCAGAAAGAAGCCUUGCUUGGGAUGGUUUGUUCACCUCGAGUUAAACUGUUUGGACAGCGAGCAGAAGAGACAUUUUCGACUGCUAUUUUGCACAAUUGUUUUCUUUGGUGCUUUCUUCUCCCUCUGAUGUAAGAACCCAGAUUAUGGCCUUACAAGAAAACCUCCAAGGACAUUGCAGUUACAAAUCUAGCAAUGUUUACUAUUCAUCUACACGUACCAUUCAAGGGAAAUAAUUCAUUUAAGCAGUGAUUCUGAUAUGAAUCUUGGUUGCUUAGUUUCUGAGCCUCAAGGAUGUAUUUUGUUUUUCUGUCCCAGAACAGUGGAGCAACAUUUAAAAAUGGUGGCUUUUAUAUUGUUGUAGAUUCUGAAUUUGUUGAAACAAAAGCUCAGCUGCCUCCAGUUUUAUUAAAUAUUAUAAACUUUUGAUUCUUGUUAUUAUGUGUGUAAUGUCUUGGUGUGCAUUAUUCAGAAAUUUAUCUUGCUUGAUGGCUAGUGUAAAGGGAACUCUACUCCAUACUCCAAGAACACCUGACUUGGGAAUUCUCGCUUCUUACAGCGAAUAGAAAAGUGAAAACUGUUCCAUUGUCCAUAGCAGAAUCCUCAUUCCUAAACAUUAAAUUUGACAAAAAAAAGUAAACCCAACCCAAAACAUUUCUAAAUAAAAUCCAGAAGAACUGUGGGUGCUGUAAGUGAGGAACAAAAACAGAAGUUUUUGGAAAAGGUCAGCAUGUCUGGGAUAAAGAAGACAAGAUCAGAGUUAACAUUUCAGUCCAGUGACCUGUUCUGAAGAAGGGUCACCGGACCUGAAACAUAAACUCUGAUGUUUUCUUCACAGAUUCAACCAGACCUGCUGAGCCUUCCCAGCAGCUUUUGUUUAUGUUCCAAGACAUUUCUAAUGCCUUUGAGAUUUGUUUGCAUCUGCAAACUACCCUUCCUGAAGCUAUUUAAAUGCAUUAUUGAAUCUACUUUUGGAACUUUUAAUUACACUAAAUCUAAUAAUUGACGAAGGGUCUAUUUAGUUUCAUAUGUAGUCAUGUCUACAAGGCUUAUGAACAGUUUUGAUCUUUUAAUAUAGCAAGAAUCUAUUGUCAGUCUAUAUUUUAAAAUUCAGAUAUAAUAGGUUAAGUGCUGCCGUCUUACCCAAGACAUUGCAACGGGCAACGUUUCAAAAUAUUGAUGCUGAAUGCGUGGAAUAGGAUUCUAGUUUGCGUCUCACUGAGCUGCAAUUUUUACCAGUGGAGCUUGUGACAUGGCAGAGCAGAAGAGAUUGGAAGAUCUGCAGAACUGUGAAACUGGGCAAUUCCUGGCACCUUCUGGCAGAUGUGCAGACCAAUAUUUGCCAAGUGGGUGCAGGCACCACUUACCAUCUUUGCCGUUAUGUGCAAGACCAGGUCAACGAAGAAGGGAAAAAAGCCAGUUUACAUAGAUUACAGUACUUCAUGGAUUUAAAAGGUUUUAUAGAUGGGUGCCAUUCACAUUAGCUUGGUUUGUGCGAAUUGUGAUUGAAAAUCUCGUUUUAUUUAUUAAG